GACGUCCUUGCGUUUGCCGCGAGAAGGGACGGGAACGCGGCGUCUUGGAGACGGUUGCUCAGCAACGAGACGCAGCAAGGCCCCUCGGUCGUGUGUGUCUCCGGCCAUGGAUGCCGAGUCUUUGCCUUACGCGCUGGACCUCGUGGCUAGCAGCGGGGUGUGUCUGAGCCCGGAGAAGCGAGCGGCUUUGCGGUCCUCGCUCCUGCUGGUGCGUCGGGACUACCGCUUCGAGCAAGUCCGCCUCUGGGGCCGCAUCCUCGGCAUCCGCGGAGCCUACUAUAUCGCCGAGGGCGUGGGGCCGGACAGGGCUGGGUCUAGAAGCCGCCUCUACAGCUUGAAUGGUGUGGACUGGAGUCUUCUGCCACCUCCUACUGAAGAAAUGGUUGUUGUAACUGCAGGACUAAAGGGACGUUUCCAGGGUGAUCCAUCUUAUGAAUAUGAAAACUUGGAGAAGAAAGAGGAAGCUGAAAAGCCAUAUGAAGAGGAAGUUGGGGCUUUGAUAAAGGAGGAGCUUCGCCUUGUGGCAACAAUAGAUCAGAUAGAUAAAGCAGUGGGUAUUGUUCCACGGGGUGCAUAUAUAAAAACUCCACUUGGACCUGUGCAUGAAAACAGGAACUUUGAAGGUUUGUCUCUGACAGAGGGUAAGAAGUUAAGCUCCUAUUUCCAUUUCACUGAACCUAUAAACUUGAAGAACAAAACUCUCCUGGAGAAAGCUGACUUGGACCCAGCCAUUGACUUCUUGGAUUCUCUUGAACAUGAUAUUCCUAAAGGGUCGUGGAGCAUCCAAGUGGAGAGAGGAGGCAGAGUGGUAGUGCUACGAAGCCUGCUGUGGCCUGGCCUCACAUUCUAUCAUGUUCCCAAUACUAAACAACAUGGCUACAUCUACUUCGGCACUGGUGAGAAGAACCUAGACCUGCCCUUCAUGCUGUGAGGAUCCCAUCCUGGCUGUAAAUUGAGGGGGGAAAUUUAUGAACUAAUUUUAUAUUUGAAAAUAUGUACUUGAAUUUAUUUAAACAAUGUGAAAUCAAUCGACUUGUCAGUGAGACAACUUUAAAGACAACCAGAGAAGACUGCUAGCCUCACCAUGUAUAUCCUGCUCCAUAGUCUGGAUGAAAUUGUAAACCUGCUCUUCUACCCAAGUCAGCCAUUCUCCAAACUAAAAAGAGAGAGACCACCUAGGAUUAGGAAAUCAGGAAUCCAAGUUGCUAUUGUGAGCCAUGUUCACACAGAAGAUUAAAGCCAUGUAGUUAAGUGUGGUGUCAAGGGUUGCAGAUUUUUGUGCAUGUUUCACAAUAGUCUAAUGGGGCAGUCCGGGUGAUUUUCUGGUUCUGACACACUGCCUGGACUUCCAACAUUUCCUUUAGUUUUCCUCACCUUAAAAAACAAAACAAAAAACCCUCCCAGUUCCAAUUGCACAAAUAAAACUAACCAGCUGCCCAUUUAUAGGCAAUUUUGCUGUCCUUGAAGGAAGUACAGUUUGACACAAGGCAAUACAGUACUGACACUUAAAGGAAAAUAGGUGCCCAUAUAAAGCCUAGCUUACACUGGGCUGAUUGCAUAUUUCUGUAUAGGUUCCAUAGGUUGGAUAUAGUCCUGAAAGGUCAUGACGAAAAAGCCCCCAAAUGCACAAGUUUCAUCCAGAGGGCUGUGCUUUGGGAGAUCAGAAUCUAGUUUUUGUUUUGGCAGAAGUACUCCAUUGCACUCCCUCCCUAGGAAGCCAUUUCUGAAAUUCAGAGGAACUUCCAGCCUGCAACACAAUACAUUAGGCUCAAGCACUGAGAUUUAAUAAAGUGGGAAUGACACCUGAAUGCUGUCAUUUCUGCUCAUUUUGGUUCAAUGAUGGUGUCAGUGAUUGCUGCUGGUAGAUCUCCAAAUGGCAUAUUCAGCUAUUACAGAACUUGUGGCUUACAUACUGUGCAAGGGGCUAUGGGAGACUUAAGCACCACCUAUAUCCCUGUGUGCAUAUAGACAGUUGUGAUGGGGCUGCAUCACAGGACAGGAGUGCUCAGUGGCAAGGGCUCCACACACAGUUGCAUACCAUGCCACCCUGCAUGCACAGUGCCAUUACCAGAGUGCUACUGCUCUGGGACACAGCACAGUAUGUUUACCAGUGACUACAAGGGGUCAUGCAUUUGGGCCUAGCAGCAAAUACCAGCAGUGAAAUUUGGGCAGGUUUUAGGAUCCAGUUUCUCCUAGUUCUGUUCUGCCAGAGAUCUUGGUAGUCACCAGAACUGAGAUUAACAGCUUGAUAAGUUUGCUUCUCUACCCUUAGUCCUUGCCCAUCAGCCACACUAGCAAGAUCCUUGUUUCCCAGCAACUUGACAACAGCUUCUCUUGCUCAGUCUACCACAUACACCCAUGAAAAAGUCCAAAUGUUAGAAGUUCAAAAAAUGCAAAUCAAUUCACAAUUAAGUUAAGCAACAUUGUUUAAUUUUCAAAUUGGAGCCUUCUUGAUUGGCCAGGAGCUGGAAUGGAGUCCAGUUACAUCUUCACAGCAGCUACUCUGCUGUAAGCAUUCCUCCUGUGUUGGAGCAGGCAUUCUCUCUUUGCAUUUUCUGGGCAGGGGAAUGAAAAUGCCAAUCUUAAGUGUCUACCUCCCAGUAGCAAACAGCUGCAAACACCAACUGUGGUGAUUGGCUAGUACACACUGACAAUCAAAAUGAACUUAAACUUCAGAAUCUCCUCUGGAGAGAAUGUUAAGGGGGGGCUAUGGAAUGGAGUAAACAGGUGUCUGUAAAAUUCAGUUGGAGCUAACAGACAUUCACAGAUAGGGCUGGAGGGAGCUAGAGUCAGACAAGACUUGGAUGAGUUACAGAUAGGAAUGGUUAGGGCUAGAGAGAGGAUCUCUGGUUAUGAUAUCUGUUAGGGUCUGUAGAACAGGACUGAGGGUGGAAUUGGGAGGUUGGUGGGUAGGUUGUACACACCUGGGAAUACCUCUGCAAAUCCAGCUUGACUAUCACUUUGUGAAUUCUGGGCGUGGAUGGUUUAAUACACAGGUAAUACAGCAAAGGAGGUUGUGUCCUAGGAAAGGUGUUAGUCUAAAGAAGCUUGUUUUACCUUAGACACCUCAGUAUCUUUACAGUUAAGCCUUUGUUGACACACUGACAAUGUUAUAUGAGUACCACAGUUUUGUAUGCCAGAUUGAAAUAUAAGAAGUAGUGUACUGGCUUGCUAGUAAAUACUAAAGUUGUUACUUUGUUUCAGUAACCAUUAUGCAUAUGACCCUGCAUUGUAGAGAAUAGAAACCACUGAAGUCAUUGUACAACAAUAAAGUUAUUUUAUUUGGUUUAGAAUUUAAAA